AUGCUCGAUGUGAUGAACAGCACGGUUGACUUCGUGCGGCUCGCACAGCCGCUCCUGCGGCACACGGUGGUGGUGCACGACACGGUGGCGUGCAACGGCAGCUUCCUGAUGCAGUACUUGGCGAAAGCGGCGCUGUCCGAGCACCUCCUCGUUGCUGUGGGUGUGGACUACAACGAGCUGCACUACAACCGCGUCCUUGCGAAGCUGGGCGUGAACUGGGCGCAGUGUGUGUCGGAGGGGCGGGCGCGCUUCGUUGACGUGCUCAACGCGUGCCGCGACUGGGACUGGGACGACAGCGGCACGGCGCCACGGAUAGCUCACAUGAUCAAGCAAGCGCUAGAGCAGCUCACGGCCGCGCGCGAGGAGGCGGCACUCCCCGCGGCCGGCUGCGUGCUGCUCAUUGACAGCCUCAGCACCAUCUCUGCGCUGCUGGGCGCCACUCCAGACGCAGACGGAUCGCUUGCUCUAUUGAUACACCAUUGCAGGACCAUGCCCGGGAUAUCGGCCGUCGUGUGCCGCGUCCACGCGGACACCGACGUCGACCGCGCGUGGCACCGCCACCUCCACAGCGUGGCCGCAACCCACCUCAGCCUAGACGCGUUGCGAACGGGCCGCUCUCACGACAUGCAGGCACAGCUCUCCAUCCACGUCAGGCGGCUCCCGACCCCCCCCCCGGCGCCGACGGGCGGCGCCGCGGAGAAGUCCGAGGCGGCGACGCACGGCCGCACGUCGCGCCCGCGCAGCGUCGGCGACGACGACGCCGCCGCGCACUCAGGGAGCGGCGCUGCAGAGCCCGAGCUCGACACGACGCGCUUUGUACAUAAGACGCUCUUUCUGCGGCUCGCCGAGUCCGGCGUGCGCUUCCUGUCGCGCCCCGUGCUGUGA